AUGAUGCAUUUUCAUUUGCAAGAUGUACUUAUUUAUCGCAAUGGUACGAUCGCCGAGGAGCGUAAACCAUUAAGCGUUAGGGAACUGGACCUAUCGGCUAUUAGUUUUAAGCCAGUAGCUUUCAUGCCUGACGAGGUGUGGUUUGCUGCAUUAGAAGCGCAGUUUAUCACCAGUAACGUGCGGAGCCAGCGCUCCAAAUACGUUCACUCCGUAGACGCGAUCCCUGGCGACCUAAUGUCCGCCAUUAGGGAUAUUAUCCUUAAACCGCCGGAGGAGAACGCGUACGAUGCUCUAAAGGCUGCGAUCCUCCAGUUCUACACCCGCUCUAACGAGGAAAGAUCACGCCAGUUGCUGGCUCGUCACCCAAUUUUUGGUAUGACGCUAAGCAGGCAUCUGGCGCGUCUUCGCACGUUAGCCGGUCCAACAAACGCCCACUCUGACAUCGUCAGAGAGCUGUGGCUCGAGUCAUUGCCACGUCACGUCCAACUGACAGUAACGGCUUUGCUGGAGGACUCCUCGACUGACAAGGGUGCGUCGAUUGCCGACACGUGUAGAUAUUGA